CAAUAUUAGCUCCAACCUUUCUUCGAAAUCAUAAUGACGAAGAAGAUGAAUAAUAAUAUUUCUUCUCUAGUGAUCCUUCUGAGCUUUCUUACGUUGAGUACUUGUGUUUUUGCUCAACUAACUCCAAAUUUCUACAGAGUGAGCUGCCCUAAUGCUGAGCAGAUCAUAAAACAAGUUGUGAAAGAACGAUUUGCAAAAGACUCUUCCAUUGCUGCUGCCUUACUUCGUAUGCACUUCCACGAUUGCUUUGUUAAAGGAUGUGAUGCGUCCAUACUAAUCAACUCCACAUCGACCAAGCCCUCAGAGAAAACUGCAGCACCAAAUCUGACCGUACGAGGCUACGAGAUCAUCGACGAGGCCAAGAGAAGGCUCGAAGCAGCAUGCCCUUCAAAAGUCUCAUGCGCAGACAUCAUAACCGUAGCCACUCGCGACUCAGUCUUCCUCGCCGGUGGACCAAACUACGCCGUUUCGACUGGCAGAAGAGACGGACUUGUCUCAAACCCUAACAACGUCAACUUGCCCGGUCCAAGCCAGUCCGUCACCUCAGCCUUCCAGUCCUUCCAAGCCAAAAAUAUGACUCUAAACGAAAUGGUGGUUCUUCUCGGUGCGCACACAGUUGGAUUCGCUCACUGCAACUUCUUCUCUAAUCGGCUUUCGAACUUUCAAGGCACCGGUAAGCCCGAUCCCUCCAUGGAUCCUAAGCUGGUUACCAAGCUAAAAAGUGUGUGCGCAAAUGGGAAUAAUCCAAAGACAUUUUUGGAUCAAAACACUAGUAAUGUUUUUGAUAAUGAGUUCUACCGUCAGAUACGUUUGAAGAGAGGGGUUUUGCAGAUUGAUCAGGAGCUUGCUUCAGACUCUACUACUUCUGGUUUUGUUGCAAAUUUGGCUUCAAAUCUAGCCCAAUUCUCUAGGAGCUUCGUAAAUGCUAUCACUAAGAUGGGAAAAAUUGAAGUUCUUGUGGGAAAUGCUGGUGAGAUUAGGAAGAAUUGUGCAGCUUUUAACCCUCCCAAGAGCAAGAUCGGUAGUUCUUCAGGUAACAAUGGCACGAAAAAGAGUAAAAAGCCUUUACCAAAGACUACUUCUAAGAAGUCUAAGACUACUCCGAGUUCUAGCAAGAGAAAAUCUCCUAAAAUAAUAGGCUCUUUAAAGACGAGGAUUCCUUGCACUUCAAAAAAUUGUAGUUGAUUAAGAAUUUUUUUAUUGCCCAAAAAUGGUGUUUUAUGCAAGAAUAAAUGUGUGAUUGAGUCAACUUAAGGCUACCUCAGGUAGUUAGGUAGUUGGGUAUGUGUAAGUGUAUGGGGAGGUGAG